AUGGAAGGUAUGAAUAUGGGUAGCAGCAUGAAUAUGGACGCCAUGUCUAGUGCAUCCAAGACAGUAGCAUCGAGUAUGGCGUCGAUGAGCAUGGAUGCGAUGUCUAGUGCCAGCAAAACGAUAUUAUCGAGCAUGUCAUCGAUGAGCAUGGAAGCGAUGUCCAGUGCGAGCAAAACGUUGGCGUCGACUAUGUCGUCAAUGGCAAGUAUGUCGAUGGGAAGCAGUUCAAUGUCAGGUAUGUCUAUGUCGAUGAGCAGUACACCAACAAGCUCCGCCAGUGCACAGACAACUUCUGAUUCUAGCAUGUCAGGCAUGUCAGGUAUGUCAUCGUCUGAUAACAGUAGCUCUUCAGGGAUGGAUAUGGACAUGAGUAUGGGAAUGAACUAUUAUCUGACUCCCACAUAUAAAAACUAUCCAGUUUUGUUUCACCAUUUGCAUGCAAACAAUAGUGGUAAGGCUUUCGGUAUUUUCUUAUUAUUUGUUGUGGCUGCUUUCGUCUACAAACUACUGCUUUUCGUUAGUUGGUGCCUUGAAGUUCACUGGUUUAAAAAAUGGGACAAGCAAAAUAAAUAUUCCACUUUACCUUCAGCAAACUCCAAAGACGAAGGAAAACAUUAUGACACAGAGAAUAAUUUUGAAAUUCAAGGUUUACCUAAGCUGCCAAAUUUAUUAAGCGAUAUAUUUGUUCCAUCUUUAAUGGAUCUCUUUCAUGACAUUAUAAGGGCGUUCUUAGUAUUUACCUCUACGAUGAUUAUUUAUAUGUUGAUGCUUGCUACCAUGUCUUUUGUUUUAACAUACGUUUUUGCUGUAAUUACUGGGUUAGCUUUAUCGGAAGUCUUCUUCAAUAGAUGCAAAAUAGCCAUGCUAAAGAGGUGGGACAUCCAAAGAGAAAUUCAGAAAGCGAAGAGCUGUCCUGGCUUCGGUAACUGCCAAUGUGGUAGACAUCCCGAACCCAGCCCUGAUCCAAUUGCUGUUGCCGAUACCACUUCCGGAAGUGAUCAAAGUACUCGCCUGGAAAAGAACAACGAAUCUAAAGUUGCGAUUUCCGAAAAUAAUCAAAAGAAAACACCUACACAAGAAGAGGGAUGUAAUUGUGCCACAGACUCAGGAAAGAAUCAAGCAAACAUAGAGCGCGACAUCCUUGAGAAUUCCAAGUUGCAGGAACAGUCCGGGAAUAUGGAUCAAAACUUACUUCCGGCCGAAAAAUUCACUCAUAACUAA